AUGUCCGCAACAGUGGACUCAUUGGUUAAGACGAUUCUAAAGGGUGGCUCGUCAGCUGGGGAGGUAACUCGUCAGUUGAGCUGGGUGGAGGACGCUAAUGCUGUGGGCAAGAGAGGCGUCACUCCUCUUAUCGCUGCAAUAGAGUCUGAAGAUGAUGAGAUAAUUUCGGUCCUAUUGGAUAGCAAGAAGGUCGACGUUAACGUUCGUGAUGCGGUGAUGGUGUUACCUCCUAUUGUCCAUGCGGUUCGUCAUGGUGGAGGAGCCCUCCUGCCUCUUAUCAAGAGAGGGGCCGAUCUGAAGGUCGCUGACGAGGCUGGGGAUAAUGUGGCGCAUUGGGCGUGUAGGCUGAACGAGCCGUCGGCAGUGACUUUACUGGGCAAGUCGAGUCCCUCUAUAUUCACUGCCACUGAUGAUGAAGGAAACACACCACUCCAUGUGGCUCUCUUGGAGGGUCAGCAGGAGGCUGCCUUUGCCGUGCUCGACCCCGACCUGGGCUUGGUAGAGGUUCUAUGCUGUGUCUGUGGUGCGUCCAUGGCACCCAACCAGUCCAAUAUGUGUGUCAACUGCAUGAAGGGGGAGGUGGACAUCACUGAGGGUAUCUCUAAGCAGGCCGUGGUGAACUACUGUCGGGAAUGCAAUCGGUAUCAGCGUCCUCCGUGGGUGCCAUGUGAACCGGAGUCUCGCGAGCUGCUAGGGAUAUGCCUCAAGAAAAUCAAGGGGCUCAACAAGGUCAAGCUGGUUGACGCCAACUUUAUUUGGCAAGCUCCCACGAGUAAGCGCAUGAAGGUGAAGUUGACCGUUCAGAAGGAGGUCAUGAACGGCGCCAUCAUGCAGCAAUCUAUGAUUGUUGACUUCAUCGUCGCCUGGCAGCAGUGUGAUGACUGUAAACGAACCUACACUCCGCACACUUGGAACGCUUCGGUCCAGGUCCGACAGAAGACAGAUCACAAGAGGACUUUCUAUUACCUAGAGCAGCUCAUCUUGAAACAUGAUGCUCAUGAGAAGGUUGUUGGUAUCAAGAGGACCCCCGAUGGCCUGGACUUCCAUUUUGGUCAUCGGAGCCAUGCCCAGAAGUUCUCAGAGUUCGUCCUGAGUCAAGUCCCUUCUAGAGUGAAGCAGAGUAAGCACCUUAUUAGUCAUGAUUCUCACAAUACAACAUACAACUACAAAUACACUACUCUGAUCGACAUGUGCCCAGUGUGCAAGGAUGAUGUUGUUUUCCUACCCAAGGCCCUCAAGAACAAGCUUGGCGGUGUGAACCCGAUCCAGGUCGUUACUAAGGUCUCAAGCCAGAUUCGCCUGGUGGAUCCUCUCACAGGGAGGGUGUCUGAUCUAGCAGGCAUUGAGUAUUGGAAGAACCCUUUCGAGCCUCUCCUGACUCGCCGACACUUGGUUGAGUUCACUGUCCUCAACGUCGAGGAGGACACUAGUCGAGCGCGAGCUGCCACCACCUUCAACAGACGAGGCCAGAAGGCCUAUACUAUGGUGGACCUGGAGCUUAUGCGUACCGAGAACAGCGGAGAGGCAGCAGCGGGGGAUCCGGAGAUCAUCACGGUGCGGUCCCACCUAGGUGGCGUGCUCCAACCUGGCGACCUCUGUGCAGGGUAG